AGCUGACUGGCGUUUGAGUGUUUGACACUUCGCUCUUCACGAAAUAAACAACAAUAUCAAGUAUAAAUAUUUUGUGUAGCUGCAAUAUUUCUUACCGUAACAAUGAUCGAUGUUAAAACAAAAAUUUAUUCUUUCUUCAUAUUCAACUCCAGUUUUGGCCCAAGAGAAGGGGAAGAAUUACAAAGGAUAUUAUUUUAUCAUCCCAGUCAAACAAGUGCUGAUACACAAAAAAUGCAGGUUGGGUUAUGUGAAGCUGUUGUCAAAUUUAUGUCUACAUUCUCUUCUGAGCCCUGUGAAGCCUUACAAACUCAGUCUAAAAGAUAUAUAUUCUAUCAACCAGAGAAAGGAUAUUGGAUGGUAUUGGUGGUCAGAAUACCAUAUACAACAAAAGCCUUGUCAGCGAUUGGUGAAAGCCGAGGAGAUGUUGUGGAUCCAUCUGUGAUGUAUGAUUUGCUUAAGUCAGCAUAUAAAAUGUUCAGAAUGUUCAGAGGUCUCUUCAAAGAUUUCCCCAUAGAGGAAAUAUAUUCAGUCUGUGAUCAAUUCUUUACACCUUACAUAUCUUCAAGAAACCUGUCAAAUGACAUUUCAGAUGUAAUUCAAGGAAUUAAUUAUUUGCCACUGGAUAAAAACUCAUUCUUCAAGGUUCUAUGCUUUAUUGAUUUGUUGGAAGUAAACUACCCUCACUUCAAAUGCAUUUCCUUUAUCUACAAUGAACAGUUGAUAUGGAAUGGACUGGCCACACAUGAUAUGUUAACUUUAUAUCAGUAUUUGGUCCAAACUUUGCUACCAAAGCAAGUAGCUAAGGAGAUCCAAGGAGGUGCAGUAGCAGCCGCUCAGCGGCACGGUCGCUUCAUCCACCCCCCUGAAGGCAUCCACAACAAGGAGGACCUACAAAAACUAGUAAAAGUACACGUCAUGCGCGAAGACGACUCGGAAACAAAGCAGUAUUAUUUAGUUAUUUACAGAACUUUGAGUGCCACCAUUUGUUUCACUGUUGAUGUCACAGAUGAACUAGAAUUUGAAAUGUUCAGAUCGUUAGACGCGUUCAUCGGCCCACAAUUGUCAUCUAUAGCGUCAACCAUAAGCGAGCAGUGUUCAAUACACGCCUUACAAACUGCGCAACUAGCGGCCUCGGAACACAAAUUCGUAUAUUUCAACCGAUUAAAUCUAGCCUUCAAAACCUCUCCGCCGCCAAACAAGUUACAUCUUUCUACAACUAUAAAACCAGAAGUUUUAAGUAUUAUAGCUAGCAUACAUGCAGAUAAGAAAAAUCUGGGAAACUAUGGAGAAAUCAUAAUCAAGACACCAGAUGAAUAUUGGAUUACAGGAAAGGCUUCUAAUGAUAGAGAGUUUUAUGUAAUUAUACAGGAGAAAAAUGCCAAUCUCAAAGAAAUAGCAGAUGAGGUUAGAAGAAUAUGUGAAGCACAAAUGAAGGGUAUCUUUUUCUACCCUAUGUAAGUCUAAGAGGAUUAUAAUCAUUAUAUACCUAAUCCAGAAUCAACUAAAUAGGCAAAUUAUAUCAUAUUGUUAUCAUGUUAUAGUUACAAAAUAAAACAAAUACCAUGUCAUGUAAA